AUGAGCGGCAACGACGAAAAACGAAAGCUGGAAGCCCAGUACUUCCCUCCUCCCCCUCCCGGCCCUCCUCCCGGCCAAGCUCCCUCUUCCUCUACCUCUACAGCCCAGGGCCAACAACCUCGCCAUUCCGACGAGGUGCCCAUUCCCGACUACAACCCAUCGCAUCCCCAAUAUGCGCCUCCACCAAAUGCUACCAAGGAAGACAUCUACGGCGCUACCCCGACCGACGAACACCCGCCCCCGUUCCCUCCCAGGCCUACCUCGUCUGGCAAGGCUGGAGACGAAAAGGUCAAGCUCUCAUGGGGCCAGAAGCUCGCAGGAUGGGGAACCAAGGCCGCCGCUCCCAUCAACGCCCUAGCCAACAAGAUGGGCUCUGAGGCUUUCUUGCCAGGCCCCAUGGAUAAGGAGGUUGAGAAGGCCGCCCGUAUCCUGAGGAGCUUCUGCAAGGACGGCAUCUACAGCGACGCAGCUCCCACCACUGCCCCUCCCCAAACCACCUUCCCCGUCGCCAACAAGGUUGAGCCUACCGCCGCCGAAACCGCCUCCAAGCCUCCCGUCGAAACACAGCCCGUUGAUGCUGCCACCGCCAAGAAAAAGUCGCGUGUUCUCCUCACCAUUCCUUCCAAGGUCAUUGCCAAGGCCCAAGGCUUGGCCAUCUUCACCACCGUUCGCGCCGGCUUCCAAGUCACGGGCGCCAGCGGCUCCGGCGUCCUAAUCGCCCGCCUCCCCGACGGCAGCUGGUCCCCUCCGUCCGGCAUCCACGUCCACAGCAUCGGCGCCGGUUUCGUCGUCGGUCUGGACAUCUACGACUGCGUGGUUGUCAUCAACUCCAAGGAGGCCCUCGAGGCUUUCACCCGCACCCGUCUCAGUCUGGGUAGCGACCUGGCUGUUACCGCCGGGCCAUGGGGCGCCGGUGGUGCUUUGGACUGGGGCGUGCCACAGGGGCAGAAGACGGAUAAGGGCAAGGGCAAGGAUGGUAAGCCUUCGUCGCGGCCAACAACGGCCGAUGGCAAGCCCAUCCUUUCCUCGGAUAACACCCAGUUCACCAGCCCGCCUGUUGAUCCCGACUUCGACCCGGAUCACCCAGAGGAGGCCGGCAAGCAAGUCAACAAGAACCGCAAGCCCAGCCCAUUCGUCGAGGCCGUCAAGAAGCCCGUCUACAGCUACGUCAAGUCGCGCGGCUUUUACGCCGGCGUGCAAGUCGAUGGAACCGUCGUCACCGAACGCAAGGAUGCCAACGCCGCCUUCUACGGCAGGCCAUUCACUGUUCAGCAGAUCCUCAAGGGCGAAGUUUCCGCUCCUCCCGUCGUCAACGGUCUUCGUGAGGUUCUAAAGGGUGCCGAGGGGUGGAGGGGUCAGCAGCAGGGUGCGGGACAGCAGCAACAGCAGCAGACGGUACACAUGCCUCAGGGACAUAUCCCGCAGCAUCAUGUCCAGCCUGUCCCUGCUCAGCAGCCGUACCCCAGUCAGGGACAGCAGCCCUACCAACCUCAGCUUCUGUCUGAGCCGUCUCCCGAGGGCUACUACGCUCCUGGCAAGCCUCCCAGUGGCCCAGCUGGUGGUCCCGCCCCAGCGCCCGCGGGAACAGGAGGCUACCUCUACAACCCCCAGCUCCUCUCCGAGCAGCCACAUCAAGGCCAGGGAUAUUCCGGCGGUGCCCACGGUCACUUCUCCCCGCUGAACCAGCAGCCAACAGACGCUUACCGUGCCCCUCCUCCUCCUGCCUCUACAUACACAGGAGGUAGCCCGGCCGAGGUUAGCGGGAUGACCUCCGGUGUCCGCGGUCUUGACCUUAACUCGGCUGGCCCAUCCACGGAAACCGCCGGAGUGGCACCGCCCGCUCCUGGGCCGCAAGCAUCAGAUGCCGCACGCGCAAAGGCCGCCGAGGCCGCUGCCGAGGCCGCCCACGCUCAUGGUUCCGAGCCGCCCCCGCCUUCGUAUGAGGAGUUUGGGUCGUCUUCGUCAACUGCCCCUGUCGUGCCUGGGUACCCUGGGCAUCCGGCUCAUACUCCUCAGACAGAUGGAGUGACGGAGGAAUUGCCGCCUGCGUAUGUCGAAGAUGGAGUGUACAGGCCUGAGGUGGGGGAUCAUAAGCGUCAGCAGUAGAGCAAUCAUUGGCUGGUCAGUGUGCGCUAUGGCCGCAGUACUAUGAAACUUUCUCCUCUGGGUUGCUUUGGUCUUUCUGGACCUUCCUUUUUGCGUUUUAUACGAGUUACCCCUGUACCUUGAGUUAGUCCUUAUAUGUAAUGGAUGGGGCUAUUCUGCAUUUACUGCCUGUCUUUAGCUAGCUUGCUUUUUUCGCCGUCAAUUAAAGUUUCGAUACCCUUCA